CUGCGGGAGCCCUCUCCAGGCUACCUAGUGCUGAUCGCUCGUGCCGGUGCGGCCGUUAACCGCCCUUGCGGGAGCCCGAGGCUCGAAAGCAGCCCCCUCUGCUUCCUGGGCUUCCCCCCACCCAUUUCCCUGUCGGCCCCGGGGCAUGAGCAGCGAUGGCCGGCUGCAUCCCCGAGGAGAAAACUUACCGGCGCUUCCUGGAGCUAUUCUUGGGCGAGUUUCGGGGACCCUGCGGCGGCGGCGAGCCGGAGCCGGAACCCGAACCCGAACCCGAAUCGGAGCCUGAGCCCGAGCCUGAGCCCGAGCCUGAGCCCGAGUCCGAAUUGGUAGCCGCUGAGGCGGCCGAGGCUUCGGUCGAGGAGCCUGGGGAGGAGGCGGUCACGGUAGCCGCGACGGAGGAGGGGGAGCAAGAUCAAGACCCCGAACCCGAGGAGGAGGCGGUGGCGGCAGCGGAGGGCGAGGAGGAGGAGGAGGCGGCGGCGGCCCCGGGGCAGUCGGCCGUGUUGCCGGCGCCGCAGCCCCAGCUCCCGCCGCUACCCCCGCUCCUGCGGCCGCUGUCGGAGCGCAUCACCCGGGAGGAGGUGGAGGGCGAGAGCCUGGACCUGUGCCUGCAGCAGCUCUACAAAUAUAACUGCCCUUCCUUUUUGGCUGCUGCUUUGGCCAGAGCCACAUCAGAUGAAGUCCUUCAGAGUGACCUUUCUGCACACUACAUCCCCAAGGAAACGGAUGGCACAGAAGGAACUGUGGAGAUUGAGACAGUGAAAUUGGCCCGUUCUGUCUUCAGCAAACUGCACGAGAUUUGCUGCAGCUGGGUGAAAGACUUCCCUCUCCGCAGGAGGCCCCAGCUUUAUUAUGAGACGUCAAUCCAUGCCAUCAAAAACAUGCGCAGGAAAAUGGAGGACAAACAUGUCUGCAUUCCUGACUUUAAUAUGCUCUUCAACCUAGAGGACCAGGAAGAACAAGCUUACUUUGCCGUGUUUGAUGGCCAUGGGGGAGUGGAUGCUGCCAUCUAUGCCUCCGUUCACCUGCACGUUAACUUAGUCCGCCAGGAGAUGUUCCCCCACGACCCUGCCGAGGCCCUGUGCCGGGCCUUCCGGGUCACUGAUGAACGGUUUGUGCAGAAAGCAGCCAGGGAGAGCUUAAGAUGUGGGACCACAGGAGUGGUGACCUUUAUCAGAGGCAACAUGCUACAUGUGGCCUGGGUGGGUGAUUCCCAGGUUAUGCUUGUGAGAAAGGGCCAAGCUGUUGAACUAAUGAAGCCACACAAACCGGACAGGGAGGAUGAAAAGCAGCGAAUUGAAGCCCUUGGAGGUUGUGUAGUCUGGUUUGGUGCCUGGAGGGUGAAUGGAAGUCUGUCAGUCUCCAGAGCCAUUGGAGAUGCUGAACAUAAGCCAUACAUCUGUGGGGAUGCUGAUUCCGCCUCUACUGUUUUGGAUGGAACGGAAGACUACCUCAUUCUGGCCUGCGAUGGCUUCUACGACACCGUGAACCCUGAUGAGGCAGUGAAAGUUGUGUCUGACCACCUGAAGGAGAAUAACGGAGAUAGCAGCAUGGUUGCCCACAAACUAGUGGCGUCAGCUCGUGAUGCUGGGUCAAGUGAUAAUAUCACUGUUAUUGUGGUAUUCCUGAGGGACAUGAACAAAGCUGUAAAUGUUAGUGAGGAAUCAGAUUGGACAGAGAACUCUUUUCAAGGAGGGCAAGAAGAUGGUGGGGAUGAUAAGGAGAAUCAUGGAGAGAGCAAACGCCCUUGGCCUCAGCACCAGUGCUCAGCACCAGCCGAUCUAGGCUAUGAUGGGCGUGUGGAUUCAUUCACUGAUAGAACUAGCCUGAGCCCAGGGUCCCAAACCAACGUGCUGGAAGACCCAGGCUACCUAGAUCUCACACAAAUAGAAGCAAGCAAACCUCCAAGUGCUCAGUUUUUGCCACCAGUUGAGAUGUUUGGCCCUGGUGCACCAAAGAAAGCAAAUCUUAUUAAUGAGCUAAUAAUGGAGAAAAAAGCAGCUCAAUCAUCAUUGCCUGAACAGAGUGGGGCUGGAAUGUUUCCCUCUUCCUUUAAUUUGGGUUCAACAGGGCAGCAGAGCCACAGAAUGGAGAGCUUGUCUCCUGUCUGCCCUAGGUUGGAAAAUGAACAGUUCAAAUUACUGGGAAACAGAGUUUCUAGAUUGUCUCAUUUACGCGGCCACUACUCAAAGAGGCGGCACGGUUUCAGGUUUAAUCCAAAAUUUAAUGCAUCUCUCUCUGCUCAAGAGCCUUCCCACAAAGUAGGCACCAGCCUGUCUUCACUUAUUCGAAGUGGGAAGAGAAAGAGGAUGUUAAGAAGUUCUCUGCCAUGGAGGCAAAAUAGUUGGAAAGAGUACAGUGAAAACAUGAGGAGGAAACUCAGAAAGAGUAAUGAUAUUCCAUAUCCAGAUCUUCCCCAGAGCUGUAAAAUAUAAUAAUUCUCUUUCCAGUAGGCUAGCUAGCUCCCCCCAUAAAAACACCACUAUCAGAGUAGAAUCAAGGUAGACAUUUCUGAAAUAUAUGUCCUUCAUUAUGAAGACAUGGAUGGCUCAAUUCUUAAAUGUAAAUAGAUCUCUAGGAAACUCAAAAUAGUGUUUUCAAUCUAAAGAAAAUAAUUGGCGGUUUCACUAGCAAAAUUAUACAACUGAUCCCUGUGAUGUAUCUCUGCAUCUACAUACAACCCCACCCCACGUCACUAGUGGAAGCUUGUGAGUUAGUUAUUUGAAUCAGGAUAUAUAGUGUUGAAAAAUCUCAACGCAGUUGCAAUCUGGUCUGAUGUGCCUAAUAUAGCUAUGGAAAACUUAAUGCAGAAUGAGAUUUAGUUGGGGAAUGUUCCUUAAAAGACUGGGGACUAUGAGGGAAAUGCCUCCCCCCCUUUUUCUGGUUGGUAAAUGAAAGACUAAAAGCCAUAUGGGUUUUAACUGGUAACAAUGAAAGUAGAAACCUAGUGUAAAAACGUCAUAUUCUCAGACUUGUGAGGCAGCACAGUCAUAAAGAUUUACUGAUUUUUUUUUUCUGUAACAUAAAAAGACUGAAAAUUUUUUGAAUGUAGAAGUAUUUCCUAGGGCUGUAGUUAUUUGGGAGUUUCAUAACCUGCUAUGGUGCUUUCGGCAGAAUUUUUAUUAUUUGUAAUUUUAGAAGACUGCUGUCAACUGGUUUUAACCUAUGAUGCUACAUUGUUUUUCACUGUACCUUCAUUUGUUUAACACAGAUGAUGUAAGGUACAAAUAUACUAGAAUCAAGUUACCACUUAAAAAGAAAAUCAAGUAAUAUUUCUAUUUUUUCUGCCUUUUUCUUAAGGUCACAGACAGCAAAGGUAUAUACUACUAUAAAAAGUGGUUUUGGAGAAUGAAAAAUACUAGUUUUGACUUCUCUAAAACCGUUUCCCCCAAGGGAAUGAAGGAAUUGGUGCGAAGAGACUGCGAGUACUGCCUAAAGUGAGCCCAGAGGCCAAGUGCACAGGAGAGUGCAGAUUACACUCAGACUGAGGUCUGCUUAGUUAUGGAGAUCGCCCCCCAGGCCUGCUCCAUGCAACGUCAGACUGCAGACAGGAUAUGUUUCUCAUUCCAGUAUUUAUUUGUAUUGGAUAUUUUUAAAUUGUCUGCUUUUUGCCAUUCCUGCAAUUUCAAGCCAGAAGCAUAUCUUCAACUAAAGACAGCAAAUAAACUAAUAAUCAGGUUCGUUCAGUGAAGCAGCCUCUGAUUCUGAGAAUCAGGAAUGUGUCCCCGUGACAUUUGGCCCUCCCCCAGUCAACCAGGAGGCAGCCAUGCCAGUGAACAGGUGGUACCGCUAUAGUGCUCAGUCACUCGUGCUAUUAAGGUACUAAAUGCUCUUGCCGAGACAUGCCCACUGCCUAAUCAGGUUUUUACGGAAUAAUACAAUUAUGUUCCCCAGAUCCAUAAUGGAGGACUAAAAUUCCUGGAUUUUAAAAACAUAGAGGACUGUAGCAUAUUUUGGGUGCCAGUCUAUUCAUGUCAUGUAAGUAAAAACAGCUUCACUUUAGCAAUGAUCAGAUCAUUAAUCUAUAGAUUUUAUUUUUAAAAUGUGGAUGUAAGUAGAUUUUCAGUAUUUGUUUUCUCCAGUCUUGUGACACAUGGCUAAAAGGAGGGAGUAAACAUGGCCCCAACUACAGUACCAGAGUCUUCACCGCCCAGUGCUUUACCCCCACGCGGACCUCACUCACAUCUUUCAUUUCCUGAAGCCCAGAUCUUGGUAACAACCCAUCAGGUGCAGUGUCAGUUUCGAAUCAAAUUAUCUAAAGAAAUAAGAAAACAGAGGCAGCAGAAUAUUGGUGUAUGAUAAUCCAAAGCAUUUAGCCAGUAAGCAAAUUUUUUUAAAGAUUAUCUAUAGUUGUCUAUAGCUGAUGUUUUUGAUCAGAAUAAAGGUGAAAGGAAAGAGGGUACAAGUGAUAGGUUUUUUUCAGUGGGGAAAAUACAUGGUUGGAUGAAAUUGAGAGGAACACAGACCACAUGUUUAAGGGUCUGGAUCUCAUAAGUCUGACUACAUAAGCAGUGUUAACUCCAUUCUCAUACCAGCAGCCCUCUAGAAAAUAAAGCAAAGUAGUUCUAGUAUGGUCAAGUUAUAAAACAGUAUUGUAAAAAAUAGCAAAUUUUCAUUCGUCCACACCAUGCAUAUUUAUAGAGUAGAUAAGUACCAUUUGUAAGGUAAGUCCUUUAAAAUUCUAUAAUAGAUAUUAAAGUAGUGGUGAUUGGUCUGAUAUAUGCUGCUCUUGGUUCUAUAAACUAGAUAAAAGCAGUGCUUUGUGAAAUGCAGUGUUAUAUCUUAAUGCCACUGGUGAUAGAAAGUAGUUCCCUUCAGUUCAAAUCCUGUGCCCUUAUUUGCUGCUUGCUGACGUAAGCAAUAAGUACCCCUCUAACUAAUGGUUUCUACACAUUUCUGUAACGUGUACUUAAUGAUGGUGUUACCUGGUGAUUGUAAAAAUAUUAGACAGAUAUAAAGUAUCUAUAUAAUAUAUAUUAACUGUUAAUGCUGAGGUGUAGUCUGUGAAUUAUGUUUUGUACUUUUACUCAUUGUGUAAUUUAGUGGUGGUGAAAGUUCUACUCAGUCUCUUUAAGAGUGGCAGUAUCCCUUUUUGAAUUUAACAUGAUCUGCAUCAAUUUGUUUGCCUGCUCAAGUUUUGUUAGAAUAGGAAAUAGUAAAAUAAAUAUAGACAAGAAAGUAUAGUAUUGGUUAGGGAAACAGACUCCAGGUCACCAAGUGAAGUAAUGACAAACUCCUUGUACAUUCACUGAGUUUCAAAGGGCAUCAGUCCCUAAUUUAAAGGCUUCCUCUGUUCACUUUCUGGAUGUGUACUGUUGAUGGAGAUCUGAUGUUAAGCAGCAUUAUCGGACCAAACGCUGGGACUGUCGGUCCCAGCUAGGUCUGUACUAAAGACAGUGGUGGAAACACACAUGUAUAUACCUUUUCUUUACUAGAAGUGCCAUCCACUAUCCUUGAAUUAAUAAGAUGAAAGUUACAGUUGCACUUAACUAGGAUGAUUCUUGAAAGUAACACCUUUUCCAAGGACAAUGUCAACAAUGUCAAUGUCACCAAGUCUGAUUCUGACCACGUUUAUAGUGGUGGAAUGUCAGUUGGUGGUACAGUGUCACCCUGCCUCUUCAUGACAGCCACACUCCACUGAUGGACACCGUGCCAGUGAGAAGUGCAACAUCCAAUGGGCAGAUGAAAAUGAUGCAUAAAGAGUUAGUUCAGUGUUUGCAGAUAAAACUGCUGGGGUUCAAGUACUUCCUUCCCCAUCAAAGGCUUGCCGAGGCUUUGUAAGAAAGUGAUCUUAAUUUAUCAUUUUGAUGUUUACCAUAAUUUGUUCACUCAGUGAUCAUUCUCACCUCAAGCAAGUCCAUAAAAGGGGAUACUAUAGUUUUGGUCACAUCAUAAUUUGGGACAAUUUUUCUUUGGAUCUUAAUUAAAAAGUAAGAACAUACUUUUCUCACCUUUUAAAUUCAUGUGAUAUAAAGGACAAAUGCCCGUUUUUCUUUUCUAACCUGUGAAGAGCUUAGAUGAUUUUCUCAAAGCAAGAUACCACCAGUAUUAUAACACUAUUUUCCAGACAAAUGGUACUGUGUUGAAAAAAAUCGUUACUUCCUCUAGAGGCAUUUUAUCUUCUAUUUUGAAUACUAUUUACUGUACUAAUUAGAAAACAUGAACUAAGAUAGGGAACUCCAGACUGGCAGAGCAGUUGUUUCGGAAAAGGAAAUACUCCAAUAAACUUUGAUGAUUAGAUAAUCCACAUGCAUCCUCGUUAUCUUACUCUAGGUGCUCUUUGGUGAGAGACAGGCUUUGUUCUCUGGUUUAUAUUUCUCUGCAAAGAAUUCCCUAUGGAGUGAAGUGAAUGAAGUGAAUCAUUUCUUACCAAGUAAAUUUAUCAAUUUACGCUCUACAGCUCACUUUUGAGUUCAGUUGUAAUCAUGAGUGAUCCUUCAUGUUUUAUUUAUUAAAACUGUUCAUUCAGGUAAGAAGUAUGUUGAAAUUUUGCCAAUAUCUUAAUAAAACCCAGCAAUUUAAAACCA